UAUGGUGGAAGAAUGGAGGAAAUUUCAGAUUCUGCAAUUCCCUUUCCUCACAGAGCUGGUAAUUUGUACAAAAUCCACCACUUGGUGUCUUGGGAACAAGAAGAGAUAGAGGCAUCAGAUAAGUAUAUAAAUUGGAUUAGAAAGCUUUACAGUUACAUGGCUCCUUAUGUUUCAAGAUUUCCAAGAGCUGCAUAUAUCAACUAUAGAGAUCUUGAUAUUGGAGUUAAUAACAAGGGCAACACAAGCUAUGCACAAGCCAGCAUUUGGGGGAUCAAAUAUUUCAAGAAUAAUUUCAACAGAUUGGUUCAUGUGAAAACCAAAGUUGAUCCUGCUAAUUUCUUCCGGAAUGAACAGAGUAUUCCGCCCCUCUACUCAUGGUGGAACAAAAAUGGGAAAUAAGAUUCACGGGGAAACUAAAUUCUACACUUUUAUGUUAUUUGUACUUAAUAAAUAUGUUCCCGAUAGAUUUUUAUUACUGUGAUUUGCAUAUUAGAUAAAUUGGUGUAGUUUGUGUCAAUAAAGAUCAUUAUGUAAAUGUACGUUUAAUAAUAAAGGAUACCAUUUUUAGUAAAUU